AUGAAUAACAGCGAGAUAAUAUCUUUGGUGAGAAAUAAUCUCGUUCAUCAGCAACUGUGGACGGAUGUUGACCAACACGAGUUGGUUGCGGAUCAACUUUACGUCUUUUCAGGUCUCCCACCAAAUAAAUUAAGUAACGACGAUGAGCUCCUUUGCAAAGAAUGGGUCAUUCCUGUGGAGCUCUCGCAAUACCGCCCAGGAUUGCUGACUUUAGAGGUCUUACAAAGUAUUUUUGAUAAGAUAAAAUGUAAGAGACUUACGCUGGGUAUUACAAAUGAUGAUGGAACUGUGGUGUAUUAUUUCGUAUACAAGGGACUACACAAGCCCAAGCAGAAUUAA